CUUCCUCCAUUUCCACAAACAACUUCCUCCUGUUUUAAGUUUGAUCCAAGGAAACAAACCCACCAAAAAGAAAAAAAAAACCACAAAAACUUUCUUCCCAUUUUCAUAUCACAAAAGAAAAGGAUACUAAUAUGGCUGAGAAAACCAACCAGGGCUAUCCCUUGGCACCAGCAAAUGGUUACACAAGAAGUGAUGCAGAGUCUUUGCAAUCAGCUGAUGAACUGAAACGCAAGAAGAGAAUCAAGUUGGCCAUUUAUAUUGGUAUUUUCAUUGUGUUUCAGAUCAUGGUCAUAACCGCGUUGAGUCUCACUAUUAUGAAAGUUAAGACCCCAAAGGUCAGGCUAGGCAACAUCAACGUCCAAAACCUCAACUUUGUCCCAGCGACACCUUCAUUCGACACUAAAUUCACAACUCAAAUCAAAGUCAAGAACACAAAUUUUGGUCCAUACAAGUAUGAUGCUGCAAUUAUCAUGUUUUUGUACCAAGGCUCGACUGUUGGGCAAGUUUCUAUUCCCAAGGGUAAGGCUGGAAUGCUUUCCACCAAAAACAUUGACGUCGAGGUGAGCUUGAGUUCAAGUGCAUUGAGCAAUUCCAGUCUUAGCAGUGAAUUAAGCAGCGGGGUAUUGACACUCAACAGCGAGGCUACGUUGACUGGAAAGGUUGAAUCGAUGUUUAUCAUGAAGAAGAAGAAGUCUUCCACCAUGGACUGCACCAUUGCAUUUGAUCUGUCAUCAAAAACGCUCCAAAGUUUAAAAUGCAAGUGAAAACAAACCAAGAUUACUUCCUUGUACACGUUUUUAUUUUCUGCAAAUUUAUUUUUAUAUUUGUUGCUUUCUUAUGAAUUUUGUUGGUAUAUAUAUACUUCUUGACCGCAAUUUUUGAAUUGCGCUUUUUCGUUGUAUACAAAUUGGUAGUGUUGAUUACUCUCUUUUUUUAA